UCUCACAUACAUAGCUGGUGAUGGGUGCUCAUCGACGACGUAUCUUACGCCAACGGGGUGCCAGGAAGCGUCACGUCAAGUCUCCCGACACAACCUCGCUCGAAGGUGAUACUGAUUGCGGCGAAGAUGGCUCCCUGGGAUCUUGUUGGGAAGAGCCAGCGUCGCGAAGGCUCUCCCGCGGCACGCUCAUCCGUCAUCAUCCUGUGCCUUGCAGCAGCAGUCAUGGUACCGACAAUGGCAACAGGAGAAUGGUGCCGCCGUAUCACUCAGGGGCUGCCUGCGCGGAGAUGAUCGGCUACGCGAGAAGGCUGUCUCCUUCCCACGAGGCCGCCCUUGGCGGACUACGGCAGUGGUUAACGCGCGAGUCCGUGAAUAUAUCGCCGCUCCUCGGGGACGUGGGGUUGGCGCUGGCGGUCAGCUGUCCUCCGGAGGAAGAAGACCUGGUGCUGCUGCGUUUUCUCCGCCACAAUGCCUGGGACGUGGAGUUGACACGGGCCCAGCUUGAGGCCAGUCUAUCGUGGAGAAUCGAAACUGGCGUCGCGAGCAACGCACGCCGAGAGCCGUGGGAGGUUAGCGGGUGCGCUAGCAAGGAAGCAUUUGAGGAGCUUUGCCGGACGCACUAUCCUCACUACACCAUUGGAACAGACCGUGCCGGGAGGCCCAUUCUCGUCCAGAAGUACGGGAACUUCGACACCUCCAAGCUCCAAGAGUUUACCACGCUUCCCGGGCUUCUUCGCUACCACGCCUGGGAGCAGGAGAAUAACGCCGAUCUUUUGCGGCGAGCCUCGGCACGCACGGGCUACCUCGUCGAAACUUACGCUGUAAUUAUGGACUUCAAGGGGAUGUCCAUGGGUCAGGUCAACCGAGAUUUUCUCUGGCUCUUGCGAAAACUCUCGGAGAUGGACCGCACGCACUACCCUGGCCGCGGCGGCGUAAUCUUCGUCAUCAAUACCCCGCCCUUGUUCGGACUCGCAUGGCAAGGCAUCCGCGGCUUCUUGACCACCCAGGCCACCGUCCACAUUUUCGGCGUUGAGAAAGAGUGGAAGGCAGCAUUGGCGGAAGCGGUCGACCCCGCCGUCCUGCCGUUGGACUACGGCGGCACCGCCCCGCACCUGGCGGACACCCCUUUGCUCCCGGCCUUUCACCGCGCGCUUGGGCGAGACACUCCGGCGAGGGUAGGGGCGGCGGCGGCGGCGGCGGCGAAGGCGAAGGCGAAGGCGUGUCACUCAGGGAUGCAAGAACGGGAGGGCGAAGCAGCAGUACCCGUUGAAUGCGAAGGGGACGUGACCGCGAGGUCGAUGUCCGCUCUGUUGCGGCGCUUCUCCCUGGGCGGUGAUGGCGACAGCUGCACGCUCGAGCGCCAGAGUAGCUCCUCCGACGGCAGCAGUCUCGGGGGCGACCAGGCCGGCGGCGUCGGCCCUGUUGUAUUCGAGCGUGAUGUUGACGGUGGCGGCGGCGGGUCCUCCGAGAGCGGUGGAGUCGACAGAGCCGAUGGUGGUGAUGGUACCAAUAGAUCAGCAAAGACGUGGGGGAAACGCGGUAAGGUUGUGCCCAAGGACGUACCACAGGAAGUAGGUGGGAGUGGUGUAACAAACGAAGACGAUGACGGCACAAACAAGAACAGCACGCGCGGGGGGGCACCAUCGCACAGGCCGGUGUCGGGCGGCGGCGCCCCGAGCAAUUCCUACGACUCGGCAGUGCAUCUGGGAGCUCGGGCGGCGGCAAGCAUGUUGGAAUUGCCAGCGAGCGAUGACCCACGCGCUACCGCCUCGUCCUCCUCCUCUUCCCCCUCCUCCUCUCACGUGAUCAUCGUCCGACAGCGGCACGACAAGCGCGACGGCAGUGACACCGCCGACCGAGGACGGAUGGGGAAAGAAGACGACGAAGAAGACGAAGACCGCCGUGGAGGCCUUGAGUGCGUCUUGGACUACAUCCCUAGCGCGCGCCUGGCCGCGACGGUAGCCGGGACCGUCGCGGACGCGACCCUCACGGCCGCUCUAGGCGUGGCCGGGUUUACCGCGGGUGUCAUGGAAGCCGUGGUUCCGGCUCAGGCGUGGGCCGAGGGGGUACAUGCCUUUCAAUCGGCACGGUUUUUGGGCGGCUGGGCCCUCGGUCGCUAGGGAGAACGCUUCGCAAGGGAGGGAGGCGAUUAAUUGAAUGCAGACCCAGCGGGAGGGGGGCAGUAUAUUCUUGUAUAGGGUAAGAGCGCCGUCCUGCUGUCCCGAGUGUGAUGCGGUACAUCAUGUCCCUCCUUGCCUUGCUCGUUUCCAGCAUGUACUUCUUUUUCUUUUUUUUUCAAGGAUGAGAGUACCGCCUUCUCUGCCUUUUGUUCCUGAAUGCGAUGCGGUUGAUCAUCUCCCCCCUUGGGUGUUGCUCGUUUCCAUGCAUCACGUCGAUGCGGGAGUGAGAAGUGCCAUUGGAGGGCGGUGAAGUCGAGGAUGCACAGCCGGCAGAUACAGUUGAACUGUACUGUGGCAUCGACCUUGUUGUGGUCAAGACCUUCGUGGGUAAGACCCAGUACGUUUGUAGGAUCACGGGGCUUCCGCAGCAGCAUGUGCGACGAUGUACAGCGCCAACUCUCCUGUGGACGCGCACGGCGUGGGUACCGCGACAGGACUCGAAAUUCGUGUCCAGCAGUCCCCCUUCCCUGAGCCAGAUUCGUUCGACUGUGUACAUGUUUUGAUAUUUUUUUUGAACGUGUGGUAAUGUGUCGUGUACCGCUGGGCAGAAAAAGGUAAGAACGUGUUUGUAUCGUGUUGUGCAGGUGCUUCUGUGUGUGAACACCUAAUUUUGGUUGUGACUGUCGCUGUGGGCAUCGUUGUAGACGUCAACGAGGUUUUACACUACGCGUCUGCUCUUUGCUGCACCGCUACGAGUAGAGAUGUAGUUUGAGGCUUGACGGUGGUGGCGGCUUCGGUACCGAUAUGGAUUCAUCAGCAGUGAUUUAAUUUUUUGAAUAGCUGUUGCGUGCGCCGGUGUACUCGAAGAAUCUAGCGAACCGAGAGAGAAAAAACGACACCGAAGGAGAAACGUGCACCGAAAUCGGAAGCUCAGGGGGGCAUGGUUUGUUCCCGGUGGCCUUGGACGGCGUGGAUCCGUCUUGCGGAGCUUGCAUCGUGGCGUUGGGGAGGCCCUCCUUUCUUGUACAGGGAUUCCUAUCGAUCGGGGUUGGUGGGAGACGGACCCAACGUGCAAACAAGAGCCGGAACGUCAAGUAUUCGCACUUGUGCACAGUUGUACCUUGCAAAGCGAUAUUUUGACAUUGACACGUUGAUAUGGACCGCUUCUAUCGAUGUUUUUGAAGUUGAAACUCAAACGGUUCUGAAGAACAGGGGCAAGGGGGUAUUGUCCGUGCGAAGUGGCGGAUGGCUUGUGGACGCUAGGAGAGAAAAUGGUACCCCCUCCACCAAAAACGGAGUGUGGACGAAACUAAGCAGGCCUUAGCUCAGCACUGGUGUUACCAAUGGUUUGACCAAGGUUGGAUUUAACGAGGUCCGACACAGCGCCGCCUUGGAAGCAUGUCGUUUUUCCUGGAUUUGUACAACCAAAACUAUGCACGCUGUGGAUCUCCCGCUGAUACGACAAACAUUUAUGCAUAGCCCGAACGGCGUGUAAAGUUGGGCCACAACAGAUGGGACCAACACAACCGCGUGUCUCAUCCCCACGAGAACCAGUUCCGCUUGCCCGCCAACUACACCCAGAGAGCUGACCAGGUUACAAGGCCGGGCAACUGUUACUGAGAGUAAUUGUGUCGGACCGCCAGCCGGGAAAAGAGUCCCACAGUCAACUCUUCACAAGAGGGCUUCAACAUAACAAUGAUUAGGCUCAUCGGCGGGUGAAGCAAAGCAACGGAAGGCCAGAUCUAUGGCGCAUAUGGCGCACAUCCAAUCGGAAACAUUGAGACAACACAACCUUCGCCAUACCCAUCGAUGGCGAUAUGAAAGGCCUCUUCGUCCUCUCGCCAAAAAUAUGAAGCCUCCGCCACCAAGUGUCUCACCCGCUGCCCAGGACAGGCGUCGCGACACCCCUCUACCCCCCCUGCCGUCCUCGGGCAAGCUCUAGGCACGAUGCAGGAUUGGCGAUAUCUCAACGCUACCACAGCAGUGCUCGGUUGUUUCGCAAUUGUGGCAAUGGCAUGCGACAAAGCAAUUAGGCAAAAGUUGUGCUUCCUUCGUGCAUUCGGAACACACCGAAUUUGUACACAACAAUGCCUUAAACGUCUAUGCAGUUCCA